AUGAGAGGGGGAGUAUCAUCUUUUCAUGUGUAUGCCCCUGGACUAAUCGAACCCAUGGUUAUUGGAGAUGUAAGUGCUCCUGUUUUACGCAUUGUAAAUAUUAGGGGACAACAAGAUGAAAUUGUUGAAGAACAAUUUCUGUUUAUACAGUAUCAUAAAUUGUUAAUAAAAGAAAUUUAUGAAAUUUUUAUUGAAAUAAGAACAUCAAGUGGAGCUCUAAUGCCAUUUCAAUAUGGAACUUGUACAUUAACCCUUCAUUUUAAAAAGUCACCCUAUUUCUAA